AUGCAGCUCAACACGGUGGCUGGGGCCCUUGUUGUCCUGGGCUCCCUCGUGAAUGAAGCUAUGGCUGAUACGACCAGCGCUCAAGAGGCGAUAGACUCGUUCCUAAGCAAAUAUCCCAUCAGUACUCGUUCAGCGGCUCAGUCACAGAGUACACCAGAUCUGGAGAGUCUAAAAGCCGCAGCUCUUGCGGGGAAUUUUACUCUUUCCCCAACAUGGCACACUCUCCAUCAGAAUUGUCCUGGCAGUUGUUCAGACCUCGGCUUGAAUUCCAGUGCUUGGCCGGUUUAUACACAGCUAGACCGACUAAGUCAGUGUGAUGAGCCUAUGUUUCUUGAUUUUGCCCUUUAUACUCCGAUUGACAAGUCAACUGGCCAUAUUAGUGUGCGCGCAUGUGUGGCUGAAUUGGACACAUAUAAUACGUGGACUACUUCCGGCUCCUGCUCCCCAUCCAACAUCACCUCCAACGUCACAUCCCCGCUACAGCUAACAUGGGAUUCAACUGGCAACAAUGGCAACUCAUAUGAUGUGGUUGCUGCACUAGAGCAGCUGUACGCGUACGAGCUUGUCAACCCUGCACCAUGCAAUGAGACCAUCAACUUUGCCUUUUCAGAGGGCGUGACAGUUGGUCUCUACAUGGGCUCUGGCUUGCACGGGCAAAGCCUACUUGCUCCCAUUCUUAAAGAGCUUAUGCAGUAUGUCUUAGAUGACGGCAUGCCAGAAGUCCUAGCGGCUCAGCUCUGCAGCAACCAAAGUUCACGAUACACAAUGGGUGUAUAUAUCAGCACGACAGGAGAUCUUGAUGAGACACAAACGGCUGUUCAGAGCUGGCGCGAUAGUGGCUGUGUAGCGUCAUUGGGACAGAAGAAGGCUUGGACCGACAUCAAUUACUCUGUUGCGGCUCAAGGUCGUCACAAUUCGACCGCAGUCUCUCUGCAAAGACUUCGGAUGCGUGACAGCCAGUUGCAGAAGCGAGAUACCAAUUGUACCACCAUCCAGGUUGUGUCUGGAGAUACCUGCACCACUCUCGCAGCCGAGUGCGGGAUAAGCGCUGCAGAUUUCACGACAUAUAACCCCAGCUCAACCCUCUGCAGCAAUCUCGCAGCUGGUCAGUAUGUCUGUUGUUCCUCUGGUACCUUGCCAGACUACUCUCCUCAGCCUGAUUCCGACGACAACUGUUAUAGCUACCUCGUUCAAACCGGCGAUACCUGCGAUUCUCUUGCCGCUGCGUAUGAUCUCACUUCUACCGAGAUUGAGACCUACAACAACGACACUUGGGGCUGGAUGGGUUGCGAUGACCUUCUUGCUGGAGAAAACAUAUGUCUAAGCUCCGGAUGGCCCCCUAUGCCUGCCGUUAUAUCAAAUGCAGUUUGCGGUCCCCAAGUUAAUGGUACUGCUACAGCACCUCAUGGUACCGACCUCUCUACAUUGAACCCUUGCCCACUGAACGCCUGUUGCGAUAUCUGGGGACAGUGUGGAACUACUUCAGAUUUCUGCACCGCAACCAACUCUACCACUGGAGCCCCUGGAACGGCGGCCAAUGGUACUAACGGUUGUAUUUCCAACUGUGGAACGGAUAUCAUUCAAAGUGAUGCACCAGCUGAAACUUUCAAUAUCGGCUACUUUGAGGGCUUUGAUCUAUCCCGCCCCUGCAUGCGUACCUGGAUCACAGAUAUGGACCUUAGUUCAUACACUCAUAUCCAUAUGUCAUUUGCUACGUUGAAUAGCGAUUACUCGUUUAACAUUUCGACGAUUGAAGAGCAGAUGAGUGAGUUCGUUGCCUUGAGUGAUGUUAAGCGUAUCAUUACUGUUGGUGGAUGGGACUUUUCAACGGAUGCUAGCACUUAUGAUAUCUUCCGUGAGGCCGUCGCCAGUGAUGCUAAUCGUGAAACUUUGGUGUCAAAUACCAUUGCCUUCCUAGAUGAGUACGACUUGGAUGGUGUCGAUUGGGACUGGGAGUACCCAGGAGAGCCGGAUAUCGCGGGGAUCCCUGCAGAUACCACAGAAUCUGCUACUGAUUUCUUCCUCUUCCUGUUGGAGCUGAACGCUGCGAUGGCAGAGCAGGCCCCAGAUAAGACGAUUAGCACAACUGCUCCAUCGUCAUUCUGGUAUCUUAAGGCUUUCCCUAUCGAGGCUAUCAGUGCAGUAGUAGACUACAUCGUGCUCAUGACCUAUGAUAUGCAUGGCCAAUGGGAUUGGAAUAGCACAUAUAGUGAUGCCGGAUGUCCUGAUGGCAGUUGUUUACGAUCGCAUGUCAACCUUACGGAGACGCUUAACUCACUGUCGAUGAUCACCAAGGCUGGUGUUCCAUCCAAUAUGAUUACAGUCGGUGUCGCCAGUUACGCUCGCUCCUUCGAAAUGACAGAGGCAGGAUGCUAUACCGCUGAUUGCACGUUUGUCGGUCCCGACUCUGGCGCCACUCCAGGCGCAUGCACAGAAACUGCUGGCUAUAUCUCAAAUGCUGAGCUCGCUUCGGUGAUUGCAGAUGAAGACGUUUACAUGUUCAUCGAUGAUGUUUCCAACUCAAACAUCAUGGUUUGGGAUGAGACUCAGUGGGCUGCAUGGAUGGACGAUGACAUCAAAGCCACCCGAAAAGAGCUAUAUGCCAGCAUCAAUUUCCUAGGAUCGGCCGAUUGGGCAAUUGACCUACAAACCGAUAAUGACACCACUGGAUCAAACUCGUCGAGUACUACAGCUUGCGAAAUCUCCAUUGAUCCGAGUGUGUGGAGCGAAGACAGUCCGGUGGUGACAGCAGAAGCAGGCUGCACGCUUAUCUGGCCUCCUAUGCCACUAAGCAGCGCGACGACUAUCUCUUUUCCUGCAUGGGCAACACACAUCACCUACCGCUCAACUGCUACCUCCACAUUGACAUUUGCGGAUAGUUCAACCGUAGAGUACCAUUCGUACUCUCACAUCUCGGUGCCAACCAUCCUGUCUAUCGCCCCUCUUACAACCGAUGCCAUUCCAGUAUGGGAUCAAGUUCCUUCAGCUGGUCAGACUGUUCUCUACCAGACGAGCUCAGUGCUUCCCACACCUUUCCCUCUUGUUUUGACCCCUACUGUCGGGGGCACAACAACUGUCAUUGGGGGGACUACUAGCACUGUUCCUGGAUACACAUUUUCCUCCGGCAAUAUCACUUAUGCCACUGCAUCCUGGAUAGGUACCUUUGGUGGGACCACGUCCGUGGUAAAUGGGACCAUUCUUGCGCCUACAACCACAACCAUCACUCCUCAUCCUUACCCGACAACCACCGGUUCUACAACUGAUCCAAUCCUCAACACAAAAACGACUCAUCGGUCUUCAUCUACGAGCUCUGGUGAUACUUCAGGACCGACAUGUGUCCCGAGUCUGUUGAAGAAAUGUGGAACCAGUUGCGGUCUUUUCUGCAUUCGAGGUUGUCCUCUGUGCCCCCCUGAUUACGACGGCACCUCAAGCGGGGGAGGCGGCAGUGGCAGCGGCAGCAGCAGUAGUGACAACGACGAUGGCACCACAACUUCCACCAGCACUGAAACGGGUACCUAUGGCGAUGCGCCAGCCCUAGCAACCGAAAUCGCAGAAGACGCGUUCCCAACAACCACCGACGCACUCACUGCUCUGGAGGCAUUGGCUAGCUCUCAAUCCGCCUUUAUGGCAAGCUUUUUCGGCACUGCACCAGCCUCCAACGAAGCCACAGCUACCACCAAGGCCACCGGUACUGCCGUUACGGCAACAGCCACAACUACCAGCAGCGGCAGCGGCAGCAGCAGCACUCUGGGUUGCUACAUCUAUCAAGAUCCCGAUUCUGGCAGCACUGAUACCUACUGCGAAUGCCCUGGCUACGAGGGUCUCCUCCCUACACUCUCGGGAUCCGAUCUCUGUGGCUACACAGCCCUCCCAACAUCGACAACCAAGGCUGCCGCGACAACCGCCAAUAGCAACCCCUACCCGUACACAUUCACUGAUCUGUAUGGCGUUGUCGUUGCUUGCGAGUCCGAGUCCUUCCUAAAUAUCGCAGGUUACAAGCUAACUGAGUGUGCUGGCUCGUCGACUAUUGAAGUUCAACCCACUAUCACCGUCACUGAGGUAGUCACUACCUCUGCGCUGAGUGACUUGUGCGAGGGUGGCAGUUAUUACAAAUGCGUUGAAGAAAUCGAAGAUUUUGGUAUGGCAUCUUGUCCCAAGCUACCCUCGACUGAGAAGAAGUGUGAAGAGCAAGUCUUUGAGAGGGCACAGGCAGAGUGUGAGACCUUGUGUGUCUAUACAACCUCUACUUAUACAACGAUUUAUGCGACUUUGGCUCCGUAA